AUUCUCUGCAAGUCAGCAACUCUCUGCAGCAAGAAGCAAGUGGUUCACUCUCCCAGAGAUCGAGAGCCACAGUGACAUGUGGAGUAUCAAGCCGCCAGAUUUCUCUGUAAGACUGUACAGAUCUUUGACAGUUCCUGAAAAGAAAGAGAAAAAAGGACAUUCAAAUCCAGCUGUACCUCAAUUUGGUGAGACAAAGAGGAGGAUCAGAUUAACUUUUCCAGCAGUUUCACAUGAGAGUUACCAGAGGAAAGAGCCUCCAGACUUUGUCACAUCAUAUAGGCCUCCUGAUGCCCUGGAGUCUGAGAUGAUAUUCGUCAGGACUGGGAAGUAUUCUUAUGGACCGUACAAGAACCCCAAACCACAUAACUUCAGACCGCUUGAUGAGGAUCUUCCAGACAUGGUGACAACAUAUGAGAGAGACCCUGGUAACCUGAAAUUAAAAUUAAAGACCUUGGACAUAAACUGCUGUACAAGAGAAGACAGGACAAAGAUGGACACCUUCAAACCUCCAGAGCCCCAAUGGGAUGCAGGUCUCUUACUGCCUCAAACACCCUACCCUCCAAAAUCAGCUUCCUACACCAGACACGGACGAAGAAGAGGAGCAUACAGCGCUUUCUUGGAUCGAGUGGAGGAGAAACUUUCAAGAUCCUGGAAAAAUAAAUCAUGA